GGGGGGGUUGUUAUUGUGAAUGAGGGAAACCAUGACGUCAUCGAACCGAUGUCAACAAAGCAGCUCCUGAAUCACAGAACGCGCUCCAUGUCCACACUCAGACCCGGGUUCGGAUCCAUGCGGACCCGCAACGCUCGGUGACGGUCCAGCUCAGACCCCGGUUCGGCACCAUGCGGACCCGUUGUGACCUGUGACGGGCCGUGGACGCGCAGGAGGAGCCGUUUGUGCAGGGUGUCAGAGGAAGUGAUGUCGGAGCAGCAGCAUGACGGUGAGGCGUCAGCGCCGGUGUACGUGUACGAAUCCAAGGUGCACUGUGCCAACGUGCUGCUGAGCCUGGAGGAACAGCGGCGGCGGGGGCUCCUCUGUGAUGUCACGGUGCUGGUGGAGGGCAGGGAGGUCCGGGCCCACCGGGCCGUCCUGGCUGCCAGCAGCAGCUACUUCCUGCAGGUCCUGCUGGGACACAGCGAGUCUACAGGCAGCGCAGAACCCAUCAUCAGCCUGCCAGACAAGGUGACGGCUAAUGGUUUCGCUCCGCUGCUCCAGUUUGCCUACACUGCCAAGCUGGUGUUAAGUCGUGAAAACAUCCAUGAGGUCAUUCUGUGUGCCGAGCUCCUUGGUGUGCACAACUUGGAGGAUUCCUGCUUCCAGUUUCUUCAGGCUCAGUUGGAGAGUGAUGGACAGCACUCCAGAAAUUGCAAGGUGCAAUACGAUGAAGAAGACACCGUCUUUUCCCAAGACCUUUCCUUUGAUAGUGGUUCGGAGACAAAGAAGGAAAGCUCUCUAAUAGCUGAUGCUGCUUCCCCUCAUGAAGAUCUUCCACAAAGUCCGAAAUCCUGGAAGUACCAGCACCAGGUUUGCGACGACAAGCACAAUGGAUUAGGUCAACAGACCAUUCCCACUCCAACCAGUUCAGAGUCGACAGACUCCUGUGCUGCUCCCCAGACCCUUCUCAACCCCUCCAGGAUUAAAGAGGAGCCCUUUGACGAAUCAGGACACGAGAGGAACGGCUUCAACGCAGAAUUUGGUACUGAAGAGGUUCUGGAGAUGGAGCUGGAGGUGGAGGGAGUUCCAGUUGCAGAUAAGCCGUCUGCAGACGGGGAAUUGGCCUCGUCCUGCCUGCGUUCAUACCUCCAGCGAGGCGGUCUAGAUCUUGGCACCAUGACUGGCAGCACCAUUCAGCAGCUUCUCUCCAACCAUCUGUCCAUCAGCCACUACAGAGAGCUGCUCAAAGACAGGCAGAGGAGUAAGAUGGACUCUGUAAGCCAAUCCAACCUCAACAGCGUCAAUGAUGGAGACAUGCAGCAAUCCAAGACGUCUUCUUCUCGGUAUGAAGGAGAGCCAGACAGACGUACCGUCAUUUUCUCCUCUGCAGCUGGUGAGCAACCUCCAUUGUCCAACAGAGAGAAAACCUCAACCAUGGAGCAAGUGGAGACUUCGUCACCUCACCUGACAUGCCUCACCAGCUCUCCUGUCUCCAUCAAGACAUUAGCUGCCUCUCCUGUUCCAUCCGAACCCCAAACUCAGACUCCCAGCUCCCACUGCUCGUAUCCAGAUGACAUAGCUACUGUUAGCUCGCCGUCCAGCCUGGCUUUUGACCUCUCCUCUGCCCCACAUGUCGGUUCAGUCUCGGCUCUUCCUCGUUGUCUGGUCGGAGUGGUGGAAGCCCGGACGCCACUCAGAAGUGAGGUCGUCUUCAGCCAAGGCCACAUCAAGAUCAAAAGUGAGCAGGAGUUUGGUACCAGUGGAGGAAACUCCAGCGAUGAGUCCGAAUCAUUCUCAGAAGGCGACAGUGAAGGUGGAUCCAGAGUCUCUGGCCCUGAGGUGAAGCUGCCGUUUCCUGUGGAUCAGAUCUCCAACCUGCCUCGCAACGACUUCCAGGUCCUCAUCAAGAUGCACAAACUGACCUCAGAACAGCUGGAGUUCAUCCAUGACAUCCGCAGGCGCAGCAAAAACCGCAUCGCUGCUCAGCGCUGCCGCAAGAGGAAGCUGGACUGCAUUCAGAACCUGGAGACGGAGAUCCGAAAACUGGUGUCAGAGAAGGAGAAGCUGCUGAGUGAGAGGAACCAGCUGCAGGUCUGCAUGUCCGAGCUCUGGCAGAACCUCUCCUUCCUCUCGCAGCAGGUGUGCAGAGAGGUCCAAACCAACCAGACUCCGCCCGAAUCCGCCACCAUCGAUCUCACCUCAGAUCCUCCGGACCAGGACCAUGUGAAACCCGGAUCCGGCAUGGUUGGAGAGAACUCUGAGGAGCUGGAGAGCAGGCGGAAAGUCCAGAACGUGUUCGGUCGGAAGGAGCAGAACUCAGACGACCCGGUGGUUCUGGUAUCCAGUGAGGAAUUGUGUAGCCCCACAGUGACAGUGGAUUUCUGUCAGGAGAUGACGGUGAAGUGCACAACGGAAGAGCCGGACACACAGGACUCGUCUUGAGCAGAUCCGGUUUGUUUAUCUGUCUGACACACCUGUGAUCUCAUCAGUACUAACGGUGGUGGGCUUUUUUUAUUAUUAUUAUUUGGACAGGUGAGAACGUGCAAGUCGGCAGCUUGUUUCUUAUUUUUAAACGAUCCAUUUUCCGGUUUAUCUCGGUUUUUUCUCAGGAAAUGUACAAACUGUUCAGUUUUCUCCUCCUCAGCUUCUCUUUAAGUAUAACAAAAAUAAGUGUAAUCGGUUUAACCUGAGGGCCAAACCAGAUUCUAUAAAGGUGAGGAAGCCUCAGAGCUGCAUGUAGGUCUAAAAGAGAAAACCAGUUUAAAACCAGUGAGAGCGGGUGUUU